UGUGAUUGUCCAAAUGCCAUGAGUCCAGACAUUCAAAUGUUUCGACAUGGAUUUUUCCCCACAUCAUUUAACAAGCCAAAGACUUUGUUCACCUUCAGGGUGCUCAAUAAUUUUCUAUUGGACAACCUCAAAUGUGGCACCUCAGCAAUGAACUAUUACAGUAAGCUCUGGUGA